UAAUAUCCGCCAUAUUGUGGGUGCAUCCAAAACAUUCAUCAGACGGUGGUGACACUUUUGUUUAUAAAACUUAUUUAGGUUGUUGAAAUUGUCAUCAUGACAAGCGUGUAUCCAAGAUCUGGACUUGUUCAAAGGCGAACAGCUUCUUCUAAUGCCCAUGAUAGUUCUGGUUCAAGGGAAAAUGAGGCCCACAAUCAAGAAAUCGAUGACGAAAAUGACGACCGCGAUUCGAAAGAAACAAGAUUGACGUUGAUGGAGGAGGUUUUGUUGCUAGGUCUAAAAGACAGAGAGGGUUACACAUCUUUCUGGAAUGACUGUAUAUCUUCGGGUCUACGAGGCUGUAUACUGAUAGAACUGGCUCUACGAGGGAGAAUAGAGUUAGAGAAAGCUGGUAUGAGGAGAAGAAGUUUAUUAAAUCGUAAAGUUAUUUGUAAAAGUGAUACACCCACUGGUGAUGUUUUGCUGGAUGAAGCGCUUAGACACAUAAAAGAGACACAACCCCCAGAAACAGUACAAUGUUGGAUUGAAUAUCUUAGUGGUGAAACCUGGAAUCCUCUCAAAUUACGAUAUCAGCUACGAAAUGUCCGGGAAAGAUUAGCCAAAAAUUUGGUGGAGAAGGGAGUCUGUACGACAGAAAAACAAAACUUUUUACUCUUUGAUAUGACAACUCAUCCACUUACAGACACAACAUUCAAACAGCGUCUUAUCAAGAAAGUCCAAGAUUCCGUUUUAAGUCGCUGGACCAAUGAUCCGCAACGUAUGGAUAGAAGAAUAUUGUCACUUAUAUACCUGGCCCACGCAUCUGAUGUCCUGGAAAAUGCUUUUGCUCCGUUGUCUGAUGAUGAUUAUGAAGUUGCUAUGAAGCGUGUGAGAGAACUUUUAGAUUUAGAGUUUGAUACGGAGACAAUGAAAGAUGGAGCAAACGAACUAAUGUGGGCCGUGAUUUCAUCUAUAACAAAAUGAAUCUGGUGUUGUCCCGUUUUAAUCAUCCGUGUGGGGUCGAAUGUUUAUUGUUUAAUACAAAGACUAAAAGAAAAAAUUAUCUCUGUAAUGUCUAAUGGACAUUUUUGUGAUCGGGAAACAUUGAAGUAUAUUUAUUAACAGAUGCAUCAGGGGGAAUAACUCGUAUCGGGAUUUAUAUAUAUUAGUUGCAUUUUACCAUGUAUAUAGAUAUAUUAAUCCAAUUGUGAAAAUACCUAAAAUUUUCUGUUUUCAUUUUAUUUUUCUCAUUUGUUUUUUUUUUCUUCUUUGACUGGCUUAUGUUGAUGUAAAUAAUCCGUAUUUCUACUGUCGCGAACUUGAGCUUGUUAAACAAAAGGUAAAAAGUGUAUGUUUGGCUUGAAUUAGACAAGUAAAAGUAAAACAACCAUGGUUUUAAAAUUUUGAAAAGAUAAGUUCUUCUUUGAUUUGAUGCAUAAACAUGAAAUAGUUUUUAGUUUGAAUAUAUUAAUUCAAAGAGUAGGUUGUGCAUGCAUGUCUUCUUAUCCAGAAAUCUCGACAGUUUGAUUUCGAUAAUAAGAGUAGGCCGUAGCGCCACUGUCUAGGCAAAAUUUCCCUCAUAGCACACUGUAUCGUGUAUGCCCAUCUUCAUUAAAGUAGUCUACUUGGAAACACUCACUCUUCACAUACAUGUACAUUGUGCCAUUAUUUUUUCCACACCACGAUAAGAUAUAAUAAUGAACAUUUGUUAAAGCGUAUUAAUCUGUUCUAAAAACCUGCUCACAUCACUGCUGAAAUAAAGUCAGUAUUGUGGUUAAAGUAAUCCCCCGAUGUCUCUACAUUUCUAUCAAAUAUUUUUGAUGGUACAUCAUGUAUCAAAUCUUAGUGACUCCCUUAAAGAUACAUUAUGGAAGAUUAGAUUGUUUUGUUAAUAAAUGUCUAAUUGAAGAUACAUUAUGGGUGAUUAGAUAAAGAACUGGCAGUUCUCACUGUAAUAGUUUAAAACUAGAUAAUGUAAAGGGAAUAUGCUGAAAAUUUCAGUCAAAUUGAUCCACUCUGGACCAAGGUAAUAGCGAUUGAAUUUUAGGCCUAACCCCAAUCAUCAUUACUAAAGACCCCUCUCAACAAAUAGGCUUAAUGAUUCUAGACCGCCUUCCACACCAGAUCAAUUUGUCCCGUUUUUUGCGAACGGACAAAUCUGAUAUAUUUAAAUAUUGAGAAGUAUCUCUGUGGCCAUUAAAUAAUAAUAUUUAUUUGUGAUUAAAUAUUUUUUACGUAAACAUCAUUACAUUGAUUCAUUGAACACCAUUUACAUAAAUGUUAUUUGAUGGCCACAGAGAGAACAACAGAACACAAAUUUCAAACGCAUAAUUCUCAAUGUUUAAAUAUAUCAAAUUCGUGACAAAUUCUAUGUUACGUUUCCACCCAGCCUGAUCAGUUUAAAUGAAAUAGAUAUUGGGUAUUAUUAUGAUUGUGUAAUCUGUUUUUAUUUGGGGGUUUAUAUCAAAGGGAGAUAAUCAUUGUAGAAUUAGUUGGUAUUAUAAUGUUCAUAGAUAACUUCCUAUUUGAAAUCUACAUGGUUUAUGUAAAACGAUGUUUUGUGUUCUGAUAAGAAUCUUUAUAUUAAGAAAUUAUCAAUUAAAAUAAUAUCUCUAUAAUUAAAUUAACUGUGAUCAACUUUACAUCUGCUGAUCGUCGAUUGUAUUAUUAUGACAUUAUCUCUGUCUUUAUGGGUUUAAUCUACGAUAAAUUGUAGUCGAAACCGAUUUUAAAAACAGAACCGAGAUAUCAUGGUAGUUAAUCUUGUGACUUGGAUUCAGUUGUAUUUAAAUGAGGCCCAUCAAAAUAUUUAAAUGAGGCCCAUCACAAUAUUUAAAUGGGACCCAUCAAAAUAUUUAAAUGAGGCCCAUCAAAAUAUUUAAAUGAGGUCCAUAUUUAAAUGGGACCCAUCAAACUAUUUAAAUGAGGCCCAUCAAAGUAUUUGAAUUAGGCUUAUCAAAAUAUUUAAAUGAGGCCCAUCAAAAUAUAUAAAUGAGGCCCAUCAAAAUAUUUAAAUUAGGUCCAUAUUUAAAUGGAACCCAUCAAAAUAUUUAAAUGAGGCCCAUCAAAAUAUUUAAAUGAUUCCCAUCAAAAUAUUCAACUAAGGCCCAUCAAAAUAUUUAAAUGAGGUCCAUAUUUAAAUGGGACCCAUCAAAAUAUUUAAAUGAGGUCUAUCCAAAUACUUAUGAGGCCCAUCAAAAUAUUUAAAUGAGGCCCACCAAAAUAUUUAAAUGGGACCUAUCAAAAUGUUUAAAUGAGGCCCAUAAAAAUAUUUAAAUAAUUCCCAUCAAAAUAUUCAACUAAGGCCCAUCAAAAUAUUUAAAUGAGGUCCAUAUUUAAAUGGGACCCAUCAAAAUAUUUAAAUGAGGCCCAUCAAAAUAUUUAAAUGAGGCCCUCAAAAUAUUUAAAUAUGGCCCAUCAAAAUAUUUAAAUGAGGCCUAUCAAAAUAUUUAAAUGAUUUCCAUCAAACUAUUUAAAUGAGGCCCAUCAAACUAUUUAAAUGAGGCCCAUCAAACUAUUUAGAUGAGGCCCAUCACAAUAUAUCAUCCAAUACCUGGCUUGGAUGUAUAGUAGUCAGAGGAUGCAGGCUGUUAACAAAUUUUCGAUUUGGAUUAUAUCUGUGUAAAUAUUGAAACGGAAUUGAACCAUUUUUGCGCUGAUAUUAAUGUUACAGACUCGAAUUUCGCUUUAUUUUGGUUUUCAGGGGGUUCUGAAUCCCUCUAAAUGUCGAUCAGCAACUUUAAGGCAAAAACUAAAUUUUACAUUUUUCAUAAUGUUUAAAUAUUUUGUUAAUUAUCCAUAAUCCACUGAUCUAAAGUCAAGUAAUGAUUUUGAUUUCCUGGAGAUUUGGUGCAGUAGUAGUAGACCAUUCAGAGAUAGAAAUUAAUUAUUAAAAUGUUAAGUUUCAAAUUAUAUAAUUUGUAUAUUAUGUCUGCGAUUAAUGAUUUUUUAAAUAUUAUAUAUAUUUGUGUUUUUUCGUAUACAUGUAUUUGGGAUUUUUUUGAAUUUUUUUUUUUUUUUUUUUUUUUUAAAUGUACAUGUUUGAAGAUGUAUUUGUUAUGUAUAUAUAUAUAUACAUGGAGGUCCUUGUUGCACACGCACGUCAAUCUAACAGGCAGGGUAUGCUUAUACUUUCUGAUACCACUUCUCAUUUGGAAAGUUCGCACGGCUAACACCUUGUUUCAAGAACACCUGAUAUGACUUCUCAAACACAUUGUUUCUGGAACACCUUAUAUCCCUUUUCAUUUGAGGAGUUCCAGUAACUAACGCUUAUCGUUUCUGGAACACCUUGUAGCACUUGAUGAGUUCCUGUAACUUACACAUUAUUGUUUCUGGAACACCUUGUAGCACUUGAAGAGUUCCUGUAACUAACACUUAUUGUUUCUGGAACACCUUGUAGCACUUGAUGAGUUCCUGUAACUAACACUUAUUGUUUCUGGAACACCUUGUAGCACUUGAUGAGUUCCUGUAACUAACGCUUAUUGGUUCUGGAACACCUUAUAUCACGUCUCAUUUGAGGAGUUCCUGUAACUAACACAUUAUUUCUAGAACAUUGGAUAACAUUUCUCAUUGUUUUUGUUUGUUGGUGCAGCAGGUCCUUGAUGAAAUACAUGUCAUGAAUUCAGUGCUUUAUAGAUAUAUAUAAUAAUAAUAAUGUAUGUAAGGAUAUCUCUGUAAAUAUUAUAAUAACUCUCACUAUAUUUGUCAUGAGUUGUUUAUACAGUCACAGGGGCCACCGACAAAACUAUCACGCUAAUUAUGUUUUAUUCAGUAAUUGAAAGGGACUGAGGAACGGGCAUACCCUAUAUAAACAUCUCUCCUAUAUUCAAAGUGAUACUAAUGGGCAUCAUAUUAAAGCUACACAGGAAAUUAUUUUGUUGAAACCUGUUGAUAUUAAUAUAGAUGUUAUUUUUUAACAGUGGUUGGGAAAUAUUGGGACUAACAUUGUUCAAAUUUAUUUCGAUACUUCUUUUGCGCAUAGGGAUCUUUAGCAGUUGGAGGAAACUGGAAGACCUGGAGAAAACACAAGUACAACUGGAGAAUCGAAACCACGCCAGUUGACUCAAUGAUGGACCUUUUGAUCACAUGCGCAUGCACUAAACCACUAGACAUCUGGGGAUCACUUGGCUAAGUGGGUAAGACGCUGGUUCGCUAGCCUGGAGGUCGGGUGUUCGAUCUACCCUGCAUUGGCCGAGCAAGUUCAUCCAGAUUUUCCAGCGUGGUUUCCCCUUGUCAGUGAUGCAGGAUGGAGGGCCUGACAAGGAAAGCUGUCUAGUCGUUCGGAUGGAACGGAAAAACGAGGUCCCGUGCACACAUUGGUGUGCACAAAAAAGAUCCCUUGGCAGUUGAAAUUCGAUAUAAGAGUAGGCCGUAGUGCCGCUGCCCGGGCAAAAUUUCCCUCAUAGCACACUGUAUGGUGUAUGCCCGUCAUCAUUAGCCCAGUUUAGGAGCAGAACAGUAGGACGUUAAACCCCAUUUCAUUUCACUUCACUAAACAUCCAAUCCCCCAAAGAUGGAAUUCGAUGAAGACUAGGAAGAAACGGUGACUGAGUAAUAUGCUGUCUCACUACCCUGCAGGUCGCGGGUUCGAUCCUGGUGUUGGCAGAGAAAGUUCAUGAGGAUUUUCUGGCGUGGUUUCCCCUUGUUAGUGGAGCAGGAUGGAGGGCCUAACAAGGACAGCUGGUUUCUUGGGAGCGGGUCAAAAAAUUUGUUGAGUUGGCAUUAACUAAUACUGCAAAUAUUUCAUGGUCCAAAGAAAUUUCUCAUUAUGAUCCUUGGAAUAUUUCAUGAUGUAUAAAUAAAGAUGUAAAUACGGAUGUCAUUAAUAUGCUACUAAUUACUAUGUAUCAUUGUGGGCAUUUUAUUAUUAUUUUUCAUUUCCUGUUUCAAAGGGUCUGACACUUAUUGAUACGGUUAGAUAUAUUUGACAAGGUCAAAUGCAUAAUUUCUGCAAGGCCACGAAAUGUAAACAGGGCUAGCGCUAACCUGUAACCCUACACCUUACACUAAGCCUUACCCACAAUCCUCGGCAACAAUCUUGUGCCCUAGCCCCGUUUACAUGUCGUGACCUAUGACACAAAAAAUUGAGCUGGCCUUAUCAUUUAGCACUAACCCACAUCACAGUACAUGCCAUGUCGAUAAACUUGACAGUCCUUGACCCCUGUAUGAUUUAACAAAUCAUACCUUUUCCGACUAUUGAGGUGUUCUCCCAGAAAGUUCGUCAGGUUUUCUAGUGUGGCUCCUUGUCACUGGUGCAGCAUGGAGGGACCUGGCAAGGGAAAACGUAUAGUCUUUUGGAUGGUACGAGAAACCGAGGUCCGAGUACACAUUGUCGUGCAUGUUAAAGAACCAUUGACAGUAGGAAUUUGAUAUAAUAGUAGGCUGUAGUGUCGCAGUCCGGGCAAAAUUUCAUUCUUAGCCCACUGUAUGUAUGACGUAUGCCCGUCUUCAUUAGCCCAGUUGGUGCAGAAAGUUCGUCAGUAAAUCAGAGGAAUUGAUAUAUUAAUACCAGGACAUCUCUGAACAAACUAAAACUACUCUUCCUCAAACAGCCAGAAAAAUAUAUGAAUAGCUAGUCCUAUUAUAGGUCCAUUAACAGCUCUUCAUCAUAGGUCACGAGAUAUAAACAGAGCUAAUACUAAUCCCAACCCUAACCCUUAACUUCUCAAAAAGAAUCGCCAGUAUCGCAAAACAUUAUCUCCAAAAUUAUCGCCAGAAUCAAAUUUUAAUCACCACUCAUAUUUUUAUUGCAAAUUGCGACUUGGUGACCGACAGUGUGAGCCCUGCCUUUGGGGUUGGGUAUCCUGCACGCUGUAUCAUAAGGUCUGGCAUUGAAUCAACUGUCGUCGUAUCGAUUCCCCAGUUGUACGUGACAAGGAGUAGGGUCGCCUGUCCAGCCUUGUUGGUUUUCUCCGGGUGCUACAGUUUUACUAAAGACCCCUACACACAGGCGAAUUAUUGAAAUAAAAUUGAACCAUGUGUUAGUCCCGAAAUGACAUAGUUUGUGUCGAGUGGACGUUCAACCCCUAGACUUACCUCCAAUGCUUACCCAAACCCUAACCUACAACCUCGCCAACAAUCACGUUCUGUAACGAUAUUUACAUCUCAGUGACCUUGACAAAAAUUGAUCUGGCCUUAACAGAGAGAUUUAGCCUCCAUUUACUACUUCAUGGGAGAUGGGGGGCUGUGCAUGUGACUGGUUGAUCCUAAGGAGCCCUAUUUAAGGUGGUAUAAAUGCUAAAGGGUCAAGCGUGUUAUAAGAAUCUUAGUGUUCAUCUGUUAGACAGCACUUUAAAUCAAUCAGAUUUUAAUAUAUAUAUAUAUUAUACAGGGUGUAUAUGUACAUUAACAUGGAAAAAAAAUAAUAAACUUUUUGUGAUA